AUGCGCUCCAAGGACAGAAUCGCUUACUUCUACGACGGCGACGUCGGUAGUGUUUACUUUGGGGCAAAGCAUCCGAUGAAGCCACAUCGGCUUUGCAUGACUCAUCAUCUUGUUCUCUCGUACGAUCUUCACAAGAAAAUGGAGAUUUAUCGUCCACACAAGGCAUAUCCUGUUGAGCUUGCCCAGUUUCAUUCAACUGAUUAUGUCGAGUUUUUGCACAGGAUUACCCCUGACACUCAGCACUUGUUCUUAAAUGAACUGACAAAAUAUAAUCUGGGAGAAGACUGCCCAGUAUUUGACAACUUAUUUGAAUUUUGUCAGAUUUAUGCUGGUGGAACUAUAGAUGCUGCACGUCGAUUAAACAACCAACUUUGUGAUAUUGCUAUAAACUGGGCUGGUGGACUUCAUCAUGCCAAGAAAUGCGAAGCAUCUGGGUUUUGUUACAUCAAUGACUUGGUUUUAGGAAUCUUGGAGCUUCUUAAAUAUCAUGCCCGUGUUUUGUAUAUUGAUAUAGAUGUGCACCAUGGUGAUGGCGUAGAAGAAGCCUUCUACUUCACUGACAGGGUGAUGACUGUCAGUUUUCACAAGUAUGGAGACUUGUUCUUCCCUGCUACUGGUGAUGCUAAGGAAAUAGGAGAAAGAGAAGGAAAGUUUUAUGCCAUAAAUGUCCCAUUGAAGGAUGGAAUAGAUGACCUUAGCUUCACGCGACUUUUCAAGACUAUUAUUUCUAAAGUAGUUGAAACAUAUCAACCUGGUGCGAUAGUUCUACAGUGUGGAGCAGAUUCGCUUGCUGGAGAUCGCUUGGGUUGCUUCAAUCUCUCUAUUGAUGGUCACGCUGAAUGUGUUAACUUUGUAAAGAGAUUCAAUUUGCCAUUGCUGGUCACUGGAGGUGGGGGAUACACAAAAGAAAAUGUUGCUCGAUGUUGGACUGUUGAAACAGGAGUCCUUCUAGAUACAGAGCUUCCUAAUGAGAUUCCAGAAAAUGAUUACAUUAAAUAUUUUGCACCAGAAUUUUCUUUGAAGAUUCCAAAUGGACACAUAGAAAACUUAAAUAGUAAAUCAUAUCUUAGCACCAUUAAAAUGCAAGUCUUGGAAAAUCUUCGCUGCAUCCAACAUGCUCCAAGUGUACAAAUGCAGGAGGUCCCUCCUGACUUCUACAUUCCAGAUUUCGAUGAAGAUGAGCAGAACCCUGAUGAACGCAUUGAUCAACACACUCAAGACAAGCACAUCCAGCGCGAUGAUGAAUAUUAUGAAGCUGACAAUGACAAUGAUCAAAUGGAUGUUUCGUGA